GCACGCAAAGCUAAACUAAAAACCGUACUAAGAUAUUUGAAUCUAGUAUCCGAAAAUGGUAUUGUUCCACGUAAAAAGAGGAGAUGAAAGUCAAUUCCUCUAUCAGACAGAGGUCGAAAAGCCCGUUGAUGAUGUGGUAAAAGACAUUGUGGCGAUUUUCAAUGGAAGGCUGAAGGUUACCAGAAUAUGUCAUGAAAUGGAAGAGUUAGCAGAUCACGGAACUUUCCUUCCUUUGGAGAUGCAGGGAUUGACCGAAGAACAGAUAAAAGAACUUAAACUGGAGGAUCCGUGGGCAAAUCGUUGCGCUCCUCAAGGAUACGUGGUUGCCAAAGACGAAAUGGGUCGCCGUUGUGGUCUCGCCCCUCCACCGAACCUUAAAGCAGUACUCAAAAAAGCUGCUGAAACUGCGAAGGACAUUAUCAGUAAAAAGCAUGUGGACCUACAGGAGUGCAUGACCCAAAAAGAUGUAGCAAGGGCCCUGGAUGAGCUACGAGGAGCAACGAAAAUAGUCUUCCCAGCUGGACUUCCUCCACAUGACCCGGUACGCAUGGAACUGGAUAACGUUGAAGAUUUAUCCGGGACUCAGGCUGCAAACGAAGUUAUCGAUCCUUCAAGAGCUUGUUUGUGGGCUUGUGGCAAGAAAUUUAUCAGCGGAAAUAAGCUGAGUGAUCAUUUAGGUAAAAAUGACAAGACCAAAGUAACAGUGAAGAUAUGCACCGCUUCCGAAGGCGCUCCGGGACGAGAGCCAAUCAUGUCCGAGGAAGAACGAAAGCAGUUGAUGCUCCACGCCUAUAGAAAGCAAGAGGAGUGGAAGAAACUGGAGUUGGAUGAUGAGGACGCUUAUUUGGACUCGAAAUGGGCAGACAAAAGGAAUCUAAAAAGGCAACUGAAUGGCUUGAACGAUAUUUCCUGGAAGCCGAUUAUGAAGUGAGCAGAAGAUCCUGUGUAGCUUUUCGUCUCUCUUAAACAUAGAAGUUAAAUGAAUUGUCAUUGUUUGUAACAAAUAUAUACUUUGAAGACAAUUAAAGAAGGAAUUAA